AUUAUCCAAACACACUCUCUCUCUUUCUCUCUACACAGACGAGACGAGGGAGUCUUCGUAUUUUUCAGGGUAUAAAGCGAAAGCAAGCGAGCUUCAAAUCUCGCGCCGCACUCGCUCCACCUGCUACCUCGCUCCGCUCGACUCAGUUCCUCAGACAAGAACCCCAUUUCGAUUCUUCUUCGGUUGAACUGCCUCUACAGAACCCGAAUAUACCGGGGAUUCCCCCACUCGCCGUCCCUUCAUUGACUCCCCGAUCGGUUCUGCUUCGCUUUGAAUGCACCGGUCCUCUUCGGGUGUCGUUCCUUCGAUUCUCGCAUUCGUUACCGCGCGGUGAGCCGGUUUGGUCUGGUGGGUGUUGUGGGAGAUUGGAGAAUCCGAAACAUGAGAGCGAGAUUGGUCGUGUUCCCGGUAAGAGGUAGGAACUGGUGCUUUGGCAGGUCGAUCGAUCGCUCUGCUCUCGACUCUGCCUCCUCGCCGAUUCCGUCCACCCUCAAAGAGCUCUACAACAAGAUAUCGUCUAAUGGGAACGCCUCCAAACUCGAGCUGUGCAUCGAUUACGCCUCCGACAAGAUGAACAGAGCUUGGAUGGGUUUGGAGAAGGCGCCUGAGGGGUCUCUCAAGAGUAAAAUGCACGGGUUAGGAUUGAAGCUAUUGGCGCGGGUAAAGCCCUCGGAAAUGUUCCUUAAAUCCAUUUCGAAGGAGGUUUCUUCAGUCGAAGUCAUCUACCCUUCAAGUUUAAACACACGUCUUGUGCGCAGAAGGUUGCGACAUAUUGCCAAGCGGGGAUCCAUUAUCCACAGAAAGUGCUUCUACAGCUCUGCUGCUUUGCUGCCUCUAACAACUGCUCUUUCUGUCUUACCUCUGCCUAACAUCCCUUUCUUUUGGGUUCUGUUUCGCACUUACUCACAUUGGCGAUCUCUCCAGGGAAGUGAGAAACUCCUAGAGCUAGUGUCGGAUUCCUCGGUUGCUCAGACUUCGCCUUCCCCAAUUGCUGGUGGUGAAGACCCUGAGGGCGGUGAGUCCAAGGAUGGAGCCCACAAUGCAGUAGGAUCUCUAUGGGUGUUGCUGCCAUCCGAGCAACUCGAAGAACUAACGAGCCGUGGCAAAGAGCAGGACGGCCUGACCGAAGCCGUGAUUACAAGCAUCUGCAAAACUUACAAGUUGAACACGAACGAUGUUUUGAAGUACAGAGACUCGAUGUAAACUGCAUCAUGUUUCACUUUUGAACCUGGUCCUCCCUGAAUGGAGAAAAAAGGGGAAAAGGGAAAAAAAAGAAAGAAGCAUUCUCAUUGUUCAAAGGUUGUUCUGCUAGAUUAGCACUGUGUCCCUCUCCCCGCGUAACUCAUAUUGCUAAAGUUCGCGUCUGGGGGGGCUCCUUCUUUGUGUUGACUUUUUGCACAGCGUUUCUGUGUUAUGAUCGGACCUCCGUAGCCGAGAUUCCAAAGCCGCAAGAUUCGA